UACUUCGUAAUAUAAAUAAGAUGGCGGAAUGUACGUCCGAGUUUGAAGUUUUGUUUUUAUUUGUAGUCUUUGUUGACUAGCCAGUUUGAUUUCGAAGGAAAUGUAUACCUACUGGAAGCACUGAAGAUUCAUUUUGUAUUUUGAUGGCACAAUACUAUAGUCAUAUCGGUCUAUUACUCCACUUCGUCGUACCAAAGAGUGAAUAAGUUGAGUUUCCAAACAAGUCAACCAUGGCAACUCCCGAAGCGACACAAGUCAGUUCAUUGCCUCUGCCACCUUCACAGUAUAUAAAUUUGUACACUGACGAAAAUGUCAGGCGAGGCAGAGUUCCGCGUCCUCCGCCAGCAAUUCACGAUACCUACUCAAUGUUUGGAAAUGUAUUCAAUGCUGAUGAUACAAUCAUAAGACCUCUGGAAGCACAGGGCAUCAAGAGGCUGUAUCCACAGCACUUUGAUCGCCGCCGCGAACUCAAGAAACUUAAUCAUUCUCUUUUGGUCAACUUCCUAGACCUUAUAGAUCUCUUGGUGCAAUGUCCUGAUAGCCCAAGGAGAGCAGAAAAGGUUGAAGACUUGAGUUUACUUUUCAUCCACAUCCACCACUUACUCAAUGAGUUUAGACCACAUCAGGCUCGCGAGACGCUGCGUGUAAUGAUGGAAUUGCAGCGCAGGCAGCGGACAGAAACUGCUCUACGGUUUCAAAAACACUUGGAUAAGGUCCAAGAAAUAUUGCAGCACGCUUUACAAAUGCUGCCAGAUAAUUCAGAGCUUGAUUCAAAGCUUGCAAUAAAUACCGAUGCGAUGGAAGUGAUGGACAAUCUAGGACUAGAGCAACAAGCUACAGAUCCAUGCUGUCCAGGUGAUCGCAUGAUGUGCAAUAUCAUUGAUGAAAUGACUACGUCCAAUAAUCUCUAUUGAUUGUAUUGUUGUGAAUCCUCUGAAGACAAUAUCAAGACAGUUUAUCUCCUCAACAUUGUUAUUUAUGAAACUGAAUUAUAGUGAUUCUAGAUAUAAGUGACUAGUGAAUGUUUGUGUGUAUAUUACUUUAGUGCUCGUCAUCACAUCUGAUUUUAAAUUGACCUUUUUUCAACAAUUGUAUAAUAAAUAUUCCAAUUAAUGGCACAGCAAGCUGAUCCUACAAGAGACAAUGAAAUCAACAAAUAUCAAUGUGUCAUUUACCGUAAUCAGGUACAGAUCAUCAUUUUUAUCUAAGUAUUAAAUCAUCAAUGCUUGAACGUCAAGCCCAUGUAAGAUCAAUUCAGGAAUUGAAUGGUAUAUUAAUCAUUAUGUAAGAAUAUAAAGUAUGAAUAAACUUAUUUCUCACAA